CGCUUACCUCUACUCAUCUCCAUCCUCAAUUCUAUCCGCUAGAUCCAAUCCAGCAACCAUGGCUCGCAAAUUCUUCGUUGGCGGUAACUUCAAGAUGAAUGGGACUCAAAAGUCCAUCACCGAUAUCAUCACCAAUCUUAACAGCGCCAAUCUCGAUCCCAACACCGAAGUCGUCAUCUCCCCCCCUUCCCUCUACCUCAUCCUCUCCCGUAGCCUUGCCGAUCCCAAGAUCGGCGUUGCCUCUCAGAAUGUCUUCGAUAAGCCCAUGGGAGCGUACACUGGUGAAUUGAGCGUGGAACAAUUGCAGGACUGCGGUAUUUCCUGGACAUUGGUUGGACACAGUGAGCGGAGAGUUAUCUUGAAGGAAGAUGACGACUUUGCUGCACGCAAGACCAAGUCUGCUAUUGAUGGCGGAUUGAGCGUUAUUCUCUGCGUCGGAGAGACUCUUGAGGAGCGUGAGGCGGACAAGACUGUCGAUGUUGUGACCAGACAACUAGGCGCAGUUGCUUCCAGACUCAGCGCCCAGGACUGGUCUAAGUUGGUUGUUGCAUACGAGCCCGUCUGGGCCAUUGGAACCGGCAAGGUUGCCACAACCGAGCAGGCCCAAGAGGUCCAUGCUGCAGUCCGCAAGUACAUCGCGGAGAGCGUUUCGCCCAGUGUUGCUGAGAACCUCCGUAUCAUCUAUGGCGGCAGUGUCAAUGAGAAGAAUUGCAAGGAACUUGCUAAACAAGCGGAUGUUGAUGGAUUCCUGGUCGGUGGAGCUAGUUUGAAGCCAGCAUUCGUUGACAUUGUCAAUGCUCGUCUCUAAAUGAGAAAACAAAGGUGACAAACUCAUGACUUUGGAGCAAACCAACCAUCGGAACAUAAAAUAUUCCUGUAACAUACCUGAUUACUUGGAUUAUCUCUGAUAGAAAAGAAUCCAUAUACAUUUUAUGUUUUC